GGCCCAGGCUCCCCCUUGGCCAACUGCAGCGGGGGUUCGAGCACCCUCGCCGCCACUGCCCAAGCUUGGUGAUUUGGGGUGGUGAUAAGUGAGUGAGUUCAGCAUGGAAAGUGGGUGGAACCGAGCUAAGCGCGGGUGGAACCUCGGUGCGCAUUGAUGGAGCUCCGACUGUGCCCGAGAUGUGGCACUAAGGACGCUCGCGGUGGUAGUGGCUGUUGCUUGGUUUUUUAUUUGUGGUGCUGGGGAUGCAUCUCAGGGCCUUGAGCAUGCUAGGCAAGCCCUCCACUACUGAUCUGCACCCGCGGCCCCAUUACUUAAUAAGCGGGAGGCAGUCCUGUUUUUGUGCCCUCCGCCCUCUCCUCCCUACACUAUCUUCCCUGGAUCCUCCAUCAGCUGCCCCACCUUGGCCUUCUGCAGGACAGUGGGCAGUAGGUGAUCCGGUCAGUUCUUCAGUUCUCAGCUUUAAGUGACUCUUCCUCCAGGAAGCCUUCCCUGCUGUUUAUGCACCACCCUGCUCAUCUGCUCCUUGCCAGCAGCAUGCCUAGUUCAAGCAAGGAUGGUUCUCGACAGGACGCAGUCCUGCACUAGCUAUUGUGCAAAACAGCGGGAGGCCUGGGGUUGACAGUGGGAGGAGAGGAGGCAGUGAAGUGCAUGGGAGACCAGGGCUACUGUGGGGGGAACUGGUCUUCCAGGGAGGAACUGGGGCCUGAGUGGGAGAGGUGGAGAUAGAGAGGAGAGGGAACUGAGAGGUGCUGGGGGUGGGGUAUGGGAAAAGCCGGCUGUUCAGGCCCCUUCCUGAGAGCAAACUUCUCUGAGUGCCCUGCCCCCAUCCUGCUCCCUGCAGCUUCCAGCAAAGUGUUCUGAGGGCUUGAGUGAGGGCCGAGACACAUGGAGGGCCAUCCAGGAGCCACCACCUCACAGUGCUUCUCUCCAGGGCCAUUUGGGAUUCCAGUGGAUCUGGGUUCCAGUUCUGGCUCCACCUCUGGGGGCUUCCUGCAUGCAGGCACCUGGGAUCUGUUUGCUCUUUCUCCAGCCCCAGACUAAGCCCCUCUAUUCCCCCAACCCCAUCCCUUGCCUGUCUGUCACAAUACCUGAGUUUCCUCAUUCGGCCUGACCUAGGGUGCUGGGAAGUGGCAGAAGUUGGGGUGAUGUGAUAAGAGUGUGGGUUUAGAUGACAUGCAUCGAUGGGGCAGGAGCUGGGGGAAUAUUAUGGAAUGGUUGACCAUGUGGUUUCCACCCCUAGUUUUGUCUCCUCUAUCCAAUCACCUGUUUUCGCUUUGUUCGGUUUUUUCCAUACUAGGAGCUUGUGCAUACUAGCUAAGUGCUCCACCACUGAGCUCUAGCCACAGCCCCUUGUCUUACUUUAUUUCGAGACAGGGUUUUGCUAAGCUGCCCAGGCUGGCCUCAAACUUGUGAUCUUACAGCCUCAGCCUCCUGAGGAGCUAGAAUUACAGGCAUGCACCACCAUGCCCACCCAGCCUUACAUGAUAAUCUUCAGCAUCUCACUCGACUUUUUUUGAAGCAGUGUCAUCUUCUUUAGGAACAAGAAACUGCUAAGUGUCAUUGUCUAAGAAAGGGAAACUGCCCGUCCCCAAGGGCGGUCAUGAGUCUUGAAAGCAGUGGUGUGUGUAGCACUUGGCGUGGCAGCUGUACUUUACAACCCUGAGUGCAUUUUCCGGGGGGGGUCAGAGUGAGGUUUGCAUCAAAGGAUGGGAGAUAUCCUAGUAGGGCUCCCCUGGGUAGGCUCUGGUGGCUCAAGGCCCUGCCACCUGUAGUUUCCUGUCCUCCUUCCGCUGGAUGGGGACCUGUGCACUCUUCGUGGUGGACACCUUUAUUGUGUAUGUUUUGUGCGCUUCAGCUCUUUGAGCCAGGAAAGUGGGCUGCUGGGCUGGAGGGUGGUGUCCAGAACCUUGCCCACGGUCCUCCCUGACGGUGCCCUCCAUUGCCUCCUGUGCUUUCUUUAAAAGCAACUUGUUUGAAGGAGAAAGCAAAGUGUGUGGAGAGCUGGAUACCCAGCCGACCCUGUGUGACCUGCCAGGAGCUACUGACCCUCUCUGGGCCUGAUUUCACAACUGCACAAUCAGAGAGUUGAGAUUUGCUGGGCUCUGUCUACGAGAUCUCUGGGAAUGAGUGCUGCCUCUCCACAGGGGACCUGAUCAAGGUCAUCCAGGUUCACCUCCAGAAAGUGAUUUGCAAGAAACCAGGGACGGGUCAGACCUUGGAACUCGCCCCCAACUUCCCGGGUAAGGUGGACACCUCUGCCUCUCCUGGCACCCUCAGGCCACUUGUGGGUGGGUUUGCCAGCACAGCAUCCACUCCCACUCCUCUGAGUGUCACUCUCAUCACCAGGCAGCCUCAUAGAUGCCCCUCAGGGGUGCCCCACAGUGGUCUGGUGAUGCCCUGAGGCUAAUGAGACUAUGCCCUCCCCUUAUGUCUUCCGAUGAUAUCUGCUUCUGACCGUUUUUUUUUUUUUUCUUUUUUUUUUUGUGGUACUGGGGUUUAAACUCAGGGCCUUGCUCUUGCUAGGCAAAUGUUCUACCACUUGAGCCACACCCCAGCCCCCAUGCUUCUGACUCUUUGUCCAGGUGUCAGUCUCUGUGUUUGUUCACACAUUCACUGUCAAACAUCUUGACACCUAUGUGCCCUGGGGGGAGCGAGGGCUGUGGGACUGAACCAGUAAAAACAUGGGCGUGGUGAUGAAGCUGUCUCAUUCUGCCUUCUGUUUCUCAGUCCUGCAGUCUGGAUGUCCAGAUGCAGGGCCAUCCUUGACAUUGUCCUCAAGAGGGUCCUGGCUGGAUUAUCUGUAGUGUCAGAGCAAGGCCUGGCCCCAGCAAAGCUCUGUCCCCAUCCUUAUUCUUCUGCCCUGUGCUGAACCCCACAGGCCACUUCAGUCCCAUCACCAGCUUCCACAGCUACAGAACCCUGGAAGAGCUGGUCUCUGCCAUAACUCAGAGCUCCACACAGCUGCCAGUUUACUUCGUGUCAACCCGCAGAAUUAGCGCACAGGGCAGGAUGGUGGCUGAGGACCAGCCUCUCAUCCUCCAGGCUGUGGAAAUGCACCUUGGGACCUGCAGUGCACGCUGUGUCCAGGGCUCGGGGACCCAGCAGGUCGUACUGCACCUGCCCCUGUCUCAGAAGGGGCCCUUCUGGCAAUGGGAGCUUGGUACCCCCCAAAGCCUACUCCAGGUGCUGCAGGACCCAGCUCUGAAGGACUGCAUCCUCGUUUGCCCCAGCCUCCCCUGGCCCUCCCUGAUCCUGAAGCCUCAGUAUGAAAUCCAGGCCAUCAUGCACAUGCGCAGGACCAUUGUCAAGAUCCCCUCCACCUUGGAGGUCGAUGUAGAAGACGUCACCGCCUCCUCCCAGCACGUCCACUUCAUCAGGCCCCUGCUGCUGAGUGAGGCCCUGGCCCGGGGAGGGCCCUUCCCCCUACUCACAGAGAUCCUGGAGGUUCCAGAGGGGCCCCCCAUCUUCCUCGGCCCCUGGGUGGGCUCCCUGAGGAAAGGCCAGAGGCUGUGCAUCUACGGCCUGGCCUCACCACCCUGGCGGGUCCUGGCUUCGAGUAAGGGCCGGAAGGUGCCCAGACACUUCAUGGUCUCUGGGGCCUACCAGGGCAAGCUGCGACGGCGGCCCAGGGAGUUUGCCACAACCUAUGACCUCCUAGGUGCUCUCCAGAAAGGCAGGCCCCUCCGGGUGGUGGCCACAAAAGACUGUGAGGGGGACGAGGAGGAGAAUCUCGAGUUCUCUUCUGUGGCUGUCGGUGACCGACUGGAGGUGCUGGGGUCUGGCCAGACCUAUGGGGCCCAAGGCCAGGACAUAGAUGUCCUGGUGUGUCAGCGGCUAGGUGAGGCGGCUGAGGAGGAAGAGGAGGACGAUUAUAAAGAGGUUGAGGAGGACCAAGAACGGAUUCUGCUGCCCCUCUACCUCGCUAGUGCCUUUGUGGAGGAGAUGAAUGAUAGUCGACGUUACAGCCUAGCAGAUCUGACUGCCCAGUUCUCACUGCCCUGUGAGGUCAAGGUGGUGGCCAAGGACACCACCUACCCCAGUGACCCUCUGGUCUCCUUCCCGGGCCUGAGAUUGGAGGAGAAGAUCACGGAACCCUUCUUGGUGGUGGGCCUGGACUCCCAGCCGGGGAUGUACUUUGAGAUCCCUCCCCGGUGGCUGGACCUGACUGUGGUGGAGGCCAAGGGGCAGCCAGAUAAGCUGGCUAGGCCUCUCCCGGUAGCUACAGUGGAGGAGCUGUCGGAAACCUUCUACUACAGCCUUCGGAAGUUACCAGCCUGUGAGAGCCAAGCACCCCCACCCAGGCCCCCAAAAAGCCAGGGCCUCAGAGAGCAGAAGAGACAGAAUGGCAGGGACGGAAGCGUCAAGGUACUGGGACAACCGAAGUGGGCAGGGAGGAGUGACCUGUUGGGACCGCUGUGGGUCCUUCUGCUUCUUUGUCUGGGAUGGUUUUCUUACAAUCGUGUGGAACUUGCAGCUUGCAUCACACGUUCUGCACCCUCCAGUCCUUACCGUCCUAAGGUUGAUGUGAUCAUUUGUAUUUUACUAUUAAGAAAACGAGCACGAGACUCUGAGGCUCAUCCAAAGUCCCAGCUAGUAUGGGAGGCUUCAACUCCAUCUCAAACAUUUUGACUCCAGCUCGUGCUUUUCCUCUCUGCCACCCUGCUGUCACUCAAGCCUUGUCAUUUCUCACCUAACCUCUUCCAGCAGCCUUUGCUACCCCUCCCCCACAGCUGCCAGAAUGGCCUCCCGAACCCUGUCCCAGACACCAGUGGGCUCCAUAUACAGAAACCUUCAGUGGCUUUACAUGGCAUCGGGGUCCUUCAGGACUUCAGUCUGGUCUUCCUGGGCCAUCUCCCCACCCCUACCACUGUGCAGUCCCUGCUCAGCCCCAGAGGGGCUCCUGAAGCAACCCCUGGUACCAGGACUCCCGCCUUGCACUUUUCAAGUACUGGGCCUCCUGCCGGGAUGUUCUUUUUUUGGGCGGUGGGUAGAGGGGUGGUGUGAUGUGGUGAGGUGGGGAUGGGUGCUUGGGUUUGAACUCAGGGCCUCACACUUGCUAGGCAGGUGCUUUACCACUUGAGCCACUCU